AUGACCAGCAUCUCCGCGCUCCUCCAUCGCAGCCACAGCCACAGCAAUGGCUACACCAGCAGCGGGAGCAGCAAUCACAGCCACAGCAGCAGCCUCUCGCCGCAGUUGCCCGGCAUCAGUUUGGGCCUGGGUCUGGGCAUGGGCAUGGGAAUGGGCGUGGGCGUGGGCGCGGGUGUGGCCACAGGCACGGGCAACUCCACCCCACCGCCGCCGCCGCCGACAACUGACCUCGCCGUGGCCUCUGCAACAUCCACACCAGUGGCUACCAAAAUGCACCACCACCACCACCACCACUCCAACGCCAGCUCCAAUGCCAACGGCAGCACCAGCUCUAGUGCCAAUGGAUCGCACCACAGCCACGACCACAUCAAGCGGCCCAUGAACGCUUUCAUGGUCUGGUCGCGGGGACAGCGUCGCAAAAUGGCCCAGGACAAUCCCAAAAUGCACAAUUCCGAAAUAUCGAAGCGCCUGGGCGCCGAGUGGAAAUUGCUCACCGAAGGGCAGAAGCGUCCAUUCAUUGACGAGGCAAAGCGAUUGCGCGCCCUGCACAUGAAAGAACAUCCCGACUACAAGUACCGGCCACGCCGCAAGCCCAAGACGUUGAACAAGUCACCGGUGCCAGGUGGAGCAGCCAAUGGCAGCGGAGCGGGCAGUGGAGGAGCUGGUGCUACUCUCCCCGGAGGCUCUGGUUCAGGUGGGUCCUCCACGCCGAAGGACAUGCAGCCGCAGCUUUCCCCGCUGGGUCAGACAAUGACGCACCUGCAUGGACACCAUGCACAUGCCCACCAUCAUCCGCAGCACCCGCACCAUCCACAUGCCCAUCCACACCCGCACCAUGUCCACUUGGCUGCCGCCACGCUGAGCGCCAAGUAUGGCUUUGGAUCACCGCUGGAACUGUCCCUGCCUCGUCUGCCAAAUGCCUUCCCGGGUCUGGCGCACUAUCCGCUGGAUCCCACGUUGGCCCUGGAUUUGCAGGCCCGCCUCCAGGCAAUGUACGCCGGCAGCAUCUACCAUCCAUGGCGCUACCUGCCACUGAUCAGUCCGGAUACACCGCCCUCUCCGCCCAGCAGUAGCGGCACCGGCAUCUCCUCCUAUGGAUGCGUCAAGUCGUCCAAGUCCUCGCCGAAUCCCAAUCCGGCAGUGGGAACGCCGCCGAACAUUAUUUGA